UAUCGACGCCUCAACUCCCGGGCCGAGGGAAAGAAGCGGACUCAGACGGUAGUAGUAAAGCCCAGCUCGGGUCGGCCGAGCGCAAAUGUGCGCUCUACGUGCUGACAGCCGCGUUUCGUUCGAGCUGGUCUCACCUGAGAUCUCGUUCGCAGAUCACGAACAGCGUGUCUCUGAAGAAAGUAGUCGAAGGACCCUCGAACCGGAGAGAGAGAUGCGUCUGGCGUGACGGACGUCCGACGUACGGGUACCGUAUACAGGAGAGGACGUCUCUCUACCACAGUGAACAUCCCUUCGUUUCAGUGUGUGUCCGUCGCUCAGUUUCUCUCUCGCUCGCUCGGCUGUCUCGCUGGUUCUGUGUCUCUGCCUGUCUGUCUCUUUGUUGCUCGUUGUUUGCGUCUCAGUCACGCACACACAUACACAUACGUAUCGUCUCUCCCUCUUUGUCUCUCUCUCUCGACGUCGUCCCUCUGUCGCCCAUCGACAACGGGGGGAUAAAAGUGGCGCGAGCACGGGCAGACCCAGCCGGAGACUGGCGGCGUCCGAGGCACUGGCGGAGCUGGUGCACGAGAUCAGGAUGAAAUCGAGGAGCAAUAUAGCUAUAUCGAUCCUCCAUCAAGAUCGUCGAAGUUACGAGGUCGUUAGAGAAGGUACGUUCGUGUAAAGAUCUCGGCGAAAGUUUGUCAUUUGCUGGUGGAGGAUUUGACAGCCUGCGGCAGGGCAGGUCUCGAGGCGAAGAAAGGAGAAGGAAGGCAGGAAGCGGAGGUGAAACCAGGUACAAGCUACCAGGAAGGCCUAGCGCCUGGCUGUUUAGUGGCUGUUGACAAAGGCGGGGGGGUGACGGGUAACAGCACCUAAGGGCGGGUGGGGGGAUGCAGCUCGAAAGGGUGGCGGCAUGGAGGAGCCCUCGCUGGAGGCUCUCAUGCAGGCGGGCCUCAUCUUCGUGGUCAGUGUCGCCAUCAUCUUCUCGAAUCUCCUCAUCAUCGCCACCUACCUUAAUUUCCGUGGUCCCUCCGAGGUGAUAAACUACUACUUGCUAUCUCUCGCUUCGGCGGACCUUCUUUGUGGUCUGCUGGUGGUUCCGCUCUCGGUGUAUCCAGCGUUGGUACGACGAUGGGUCUAUGGGGACGUCGUGUGUCGUCUCGUUGGCUAUUUGGAGGUUACUCUCUGGGCGGUAUCUGUUUACACCUUCAUGUGGAUUUCUGUGGAUCGGUAUUUGGCCAUCAGGAAACCAUUGCGAUACGAGACCGUGCAGACGAAAACCCGAUGCCAGUGCUGGAUGGUCUUCACGUGGAUCAGCGUGGCGAUGAUGUGCUGUCCGCCCCUCCUAGGUUUCCAAAAGCCGAUUUUCGACCGGGAGGCGUUCAUCUGUAUGCUCGAUUGGGGCAACAUGGCUGCUUACACCAUCACACUGUCGAUCCUCGUGCUAGGCCCAUCGGUCAUCACCAUCGUCUACACCUAUUGCUACAUCUUCACGAUGAUGAGACGACUAAAAUCCGGCGUACUGAUUCACGACAAGGAGUACGCGACCGCGCUCUCGGAAAACUUGAGCAAUCCGAGUCAUAUCAUGUCCUUUGUCCUGGUGAUGACUUUUUGGGUGUCCUGGGCACCGUAUGCCGGUCUCCGGAUAUACGCUGUCGUUAACGGACCGCCGCAGGUGCCGUUUCUCCAUUUCGCAGUAGUGUGGUUGGGGGUGACGAACAGUUUCUGGAAAGCGGUGGUCCUUGGUACCCUGAGCCCGCAGUUUCGACUAGCGGCUCGUGUGCUCUGUCUGACGUUGUGCUGCCGGCACAGACGACUUCCGCCGGAGCUGCUCGGCCUCGACGACGACGAUUAAAAGCCAAACGCCUACGAGAACAAGAGGGGAAACGCUUUCCUUUUGCGCGCCAACGUUCUACAACACGUGCCCCAUUCUUAGAGCAUCGCUUUUCAUCUCUCGGUAUUCGAGGUCGUUUCUUGCAUCCGCCACCGUUCUCUCGGAGUCUCCUUCGAAGGCUGAGACUGAGAUUCUUUGUUCCGAAAAGCGCUACCACGACGUCCAACGAGUAAGACGCGCGAUCAAUCUGGUCGCGUCUCAAAAUGCGGAAUAAAUUUCAGGGAACUAGUAAGAAAGAAAUGACUUUUCACCAACGAACUUGUUCGAUAAGCGCCAAACUUUUCUGCUUCGAAAGAAGAUUACUUCUUUUUCAGUCACUUUUUCUUUGCAAAUGAUCGUCCCUUAGAGUCUCUGGAUAUUUAUCCGAUCAAUCUAUUUUCCGUUUCGCGUGGACGCGAUUCGAUUAAGACCGUUGCUUUCUGUUUCUCUUUCCGCGCCACAGGAGACGAAUUAUUAUUCCUAGCCGAACACGAUUGAUCGGCCAAGUACAAUAAAGUAAAUCUCUCCGUAAGAUCAACGAGCAAUCAAGCGCCACGAUAAUAAACCGAAACUUCGAAGACUAAGAUUUUUGCUAACUGAAUUACCUUUUACCGUUAAAUCAGUUCGUCUCGAUCCAAACCGUCAAACCGCGCGUAAUUAAGAACCUUAAGACGAUUAGAGAAAAGGAUGUUAAGAAACGUGUCUGACCAAGACACGUGGUCGCUUCAUCAUCAAAACACUUAUUCGAAUUAUUUAAAGAAACCGCGUAAACUGUUAGGGUAUUGCUUUUUCUAUACGAUUUCGAUUUAAAUAUAAUCGAUUAUACGUAUAUACACAUACAUACAUAUACAGGACGUGUACGUGUCUGUUAUUAAAAGAAUCCACGUUAUCGACAAAACGUGGGAACGAGCGUGGUGUAAGGCCGAAAGAAAGAAUCGAAGCUCAGUCUGGGGCGCGUUUGUCGCGCGAUCAAGAUUCUCGAAAGGGACACGAUCCCCGUGAACGAAUCGUCGAUCGAACAUUCACAACGGACGACAUCCUGUUCGUUUUGGCGACGGUUCGCUCGACACUGAUCGUUACAGCCCGGAUUAAUUAAAUCGGAGACGCCCUGUUUAUCUACUUUUUGCUUUUUUCCUUCUCGAAGAACGCUCUCGAAAGUCGACGAAACGCGGAGACCUCUCUCGCGCGUUCCUCUCCUCUCGGUGGUUUCAGGAGAGCGUUCUCGGAAAACUAAUCGUUGCCUAUAUCUACGUGGUAAGAUCACGCUCAAACAAAAUUACCUUAGCGAGUCGCGAUAAAAUAACGUGUAAACGUAUAACACGAGAACGAGCGAGGAGUCGCUUGCGAUCGCGUAGUACUUUGCGCGAUUACGAAACUAAAAUCGAUCGAAGGGGGAUGCUAAGGGAAGAUGAUUAAGCAGGCGAACACAAAAUACAAGAGAACACUAGGUCAAUUAACGGAGAUGCCUCUACGAAUGCGACGCCGCGUCAAUCUGCGCGCCCGUAGAACGCCCAUGUGAAACGAAAACUCGCGGACGGGAUUUCGAUCGCGACGGUUAUACGCUUUUUUUAACGCGCUUCCUCCUCUACUCGGCCUCGCGAUCGGCCUCCCUUCCACUCUCUCUUUCUCGUUUUUAAUCAAACUUGGGCUGACACGUUUUACUUUUUCUUCUCUUGCGCCUAGUUAUUAAAUCCUCUUGGAAGUUUCUGUGGUUUUAAUUUUGUACGAACGUAAUUCUAUCGAAAUCGAACGUUUUUAUUUAAAGUAAUUUUCAUAAUUAUGACCGAAUUGUCGCAGGAAAUAUUUCCAAGUACCUUCUUUUCAUUCUAAUAUUUCAUUCGGUUUGAACAAACUGGAAACUUCUAUUUGCUCACUUUUCACAGGUACAUUACACGUCACAGCUGAUAUCUCUUAAACGAUCGUAUCGUGUCGUUUGUAUGUGAUUUUUAGCAGUUUAACGGAAGGAGUUUCCUCCUUUAGCGGAAGGCAAACCUCCUUGUUGGAGAAGAAAACGAAUGGGAAGAUCCGAUUCGCUGGAUUGUGACUCGUUUUACAGCGCGAUUCUAGAUCUGCUUCUGAAAGUGAAGGACUUGCGGAGUUGGAAACUCGAUUAUCGAGCGUGAAACUCAAGCAGAGACGUGUUUCCAUCAUACGGGAUCGAAUUUCAAUUAAAAUGGUAAUCAAACUUUCACCGACGGCGCGUUACGAAAUUCUGGCCGCCGACGGAAACAAUAAAUGCGCGAGAUUAAUUGAAUGGAAGUACAAGAAACUGCGAAAGAGCCGUGAACACGGGUUGAAGGAAGCAACGUCGUUAUAUAGUUGUCGGAUCGUGGAUCGUGUUAAAGUUAAAUCGCCAUUAUUCCAUUUUCCGGUCAAACCGUCGCGUCAUGGGCCGUCCGCUGCGAAAAUCUAAUUUAAAACUCGCCCCUGUUUCUUACUCAAAGGGAAAUCGGCCGACAUGAAACGCAACGCGAUCCAACCGGGCAAAAACUUGGCGAAAACCGUUUCCCGUGGGUGGAGAGAAAGCAACGGCUAUUAAUAAAACGCGAGAUUCGCUUAUAAACUUGGCCAUUUCUAUAGCGAAUAAUGGCCACUGUUUGAGUACCUCGGUUACGAAUGUGUUUCACGGCUCCGCGGCUUUUAUAUAACGGAACUUCCCGCGACGUUUCCGUCAUGGCGAUAUUUAUGCCUCAACAGUGUACGUGUUAUACGUAAUUGGCGAUGAAAAGUUGCGUGUAAUUAACCGUUUCGUUAAGCAGAAUAUCGCGGAUAUCUUACGACGGUUUAAAUUGAAUUCAGAAAUAAAUUGUAUAUAUCGAAGAGGGUAAUUUGACGCAGCUAGAAGUUCCGCGCUUUUAAUGUCGUAUGUUAUUUCGUUAUUGCAUGUUCUUUAGCUGGUCUACAGUGGCGAUAUUUAAUCGUUGAAAAAGAUGAAUACAUGAAAAAAGAGGGAAUAAAAUUCGAAACACUUGGAUCGAGGAACGAUGUGUCGCUCGAAAGUUAAUUAGCGUCGCUUAAAAGUUACAGGCUAUUCGUUAUUCAUCGAUUUCUAUGUAUGUAUGUUCUCAAGGUUUAGAAUGGUCUCAGAAGCAGAUAUAGCAUCGGUUGAAUAGUAAGUUUUUAUUACGCGUCCGAUCGUACAGCGAAGAAAGAAGGAUUAUGCAUUGAAUUACACGCUUCGUACCUACUUCCUAAAAAUUAUCUGAAUUUUAACAAGUACGAGAAACGAAACUAAAGAAAAAAGAGAAAGAGAGAGAGAGAGAGAGAGAGAGAGAAAAAGGCACAGCAAAAUAUUGUUCCCGCUACGCUCCAAAAAGCGAUGCCCACGCGCAAGCAAGUGGGCAAGAUCCUGAGAUUUCUUGAAUGGUGAACGUUAACCCUUUAAAGAAGAAAUCCACUACGCAAAUCGGUGUCUAGAAAGUCUCAGCUUCUACUCUAUUUUUUACUCUAGACUUCGUGUUUUAUUAAACUAUAAGGCUCUUCUAAUAAAUAAAACGUAAGCGGACGCCCCGGUCGGGGCUACGAAUACCAUUAGAUGCGCGACGGUAAUUUAUCGUGCCAUUUUGAUAUACCAAGCUAUAAGUUAAAGGGUUAAGGUGCCCGGAAGUGCUCUGAAAACGCAGAUGUUAAGGCGCGGAGCGUCGAAACGUUCUUUCGAUAAUUUACCAUCGCUAAUGCGUCACAUUGAUCGAAUUAUUAAACGGAGUUAUGGCCAUUAUUCGAUGGAAUGAGAAAUUUAUCGUUGAAACGAAUUGAAAAUAACGAGAGUACGGUUCGACGAUGUUAAGAUGUCUUAACUAUAGAAUCGAAUCAAAGCAAAUUUUGGGCUACGUUAUAGUUGAAACUUUAGCUAUGUAAAACAGCACCCCGGCUAAAAUGCAACAAGAUAAAAAGCGACGCGACGCCAAUCUCUUUGUUAAUUGCCGGCUCGUUGAUCGUUCGACGAUUGUUCGACAAAUUUUAACGAUUGUUAUGCGACGUGUAUCGUCGUUAAUUGUUUACCACGAACGAGCAACGUGUCAUGCGAAUUAUUUACCAGUGCGAUGAGUCACGGUAUCGAUAUUCACCGUUCUUCCAAGUAUAUCUGUUGCGAAGAACACCGAUGAAUCCUAAUUAAGAAUUAUCCUAAGAUACACACGUCCAUCCCUGUUUGAAGAUCAAAAGCACUUGCGAAUUUUUACCUGUUCACGACAACGAAGUAUUUUUCGAACGAACUCGCUUCGUUCGCACUUCAUUCGAAUGCUUUGUAUAACUCGCGAAGUCAAAGCAAUAAUAAGCGGUACGAUAUAGUGUUGAUUUAACGCAGUUAAAUGAUUAAUUCCUUUCUAACGAUGAUUCGUAAAUGAGUUAAGGAGGUAAUCGUGAAAGAGGGUACCGUCACCCGUCGUAUUGUUAAUAAUUGCAAUAAAAUUGAUUGAACAAAAACGCAACAGUUUUGUCUAUGUUUCGUUUCUUUUCGUUUCGUUUCGCGAGAUGUUUUUAUUUCUGUGUAAUGUUUCCGCAAGUUCUUUAGCCGGGGUUGAUCGUGGCGCAUAAAUGAAAAAAAAGAAAGAAGAAAAGAACGAAGAAAAUGUUAUGAUUUUGCUGCGAAUGUCUCUUCGUGUAUGUAUGUACAUAUUAGAUCGCGCAUGCCACGAUUCUUUCGUCCAGAUCCAUCGUUACACGCUUUAAACUUUUACGAUGCAACGUCUCGGGUGCACGCCGACACAGGGAUGAGCGCCCACCUGACCCGGAUGAAUGUUCCUUCCGCGAUCAGGCAAUUCCAUCGAGUGGCCGCCGUAUUCAUCUUCAUGGCGUCGACAGAGAUUCAUUCGGUAAAAAGAAUUUUGUAAAUUCCAAACUGCUUUCAAAUGGGUUUUGUGACGGUGAAGUUCUUUUGCUUUUUGGAAGAACGUUCGAUGUAAUCGUUUAAGCGUUAUUUAAACGUGAAUUGACUAUUUGAGCUGAGAUAAUGCUUGUGAUAUUUAUUUGAACGUAUAAUCAUGUUAAGCGUGCCUGUUAUUUCAUUUACGAAAUGUUCGUGAAUUUUAAUAUACUUAAAAUUCUAUUAUUCUUCUAUUACGUAUAAGAUGAAGUUAAGCGUAAAAGGUUUAAACAUGGUGUUCCUAAUAUUCACUUAUUAAAAAAAAAAGGAUAAUACAUGAACUUUCGAAUCAAAGUUAUCUUAAUAACGAAUGAAAUAAUCCGUUUCAUUAAAAUAUAUUUUUCAUUGAAAUAAUUAUUUCGACAUAGUAUAGACUGUAUUUAACAUUUGUCUAUCAAAUGUUCCUCUUAACAAUUGUGAAUAGCAAACAGCUAUCUGAAACGUAAGAUUUCAACAGUAGGACGCGGCCUCCCUAAAGCAGAAUUUGAUUACUUCGUAAUGCCACACAAGAGGAGAAGGAGCAAAGCGAUGGUCGCUUGAAACAUUUAUCAAACGGGAACACCAGUCGAAAUACCAGCUUCCGGGCUGGGUGUUCCAUCAAAGCCGGCGUGCCACCCACGUUAGCGUGCAUCCGCGAAACCGCCAAACCGAGCAGUAUUAAAUUCCUCAGCGAUAACGAGAUUCUAAAUACUUUAAAGUCGCUCAAAGAGAAGGAAGGAACGAGAACGGAGCGGAGGAAAGGAAUAAAUCAAACAUACAAAACUGGAUAAAACAAAAGGAAGAGAAAAAGAAAGAGGUAACAAUACCUGCAUCUGAAGAAGGAAGAUCGAAGCGUUGCUUCUUUUUCUCAUUUCUUUCUCCUCUAUUUUUUUUUCUUUUUCUUUUUUUUCUUUUCCUCGUCUUAUGAUAAAAGCAACGCGGAUAAAAAUAACGACGAACUGAGAACGAGACGAGGAUGAAAGGAAAACGCGAGAUUGGUCCCUGGCAGUUUUCCGGGCGGCCUUCGUUAUUAACGAUUAAUUACAUUUUUGUACCUAGCUGCUAGUUUUGUACUAGUUUUGUAACGUACCUCACUACCGGACGUGCUGUUAUUGCAUAUUUUAAGUGGUUGUUAAAACGGAAGGUUGAUCGAUCACUCACGAAUGUCCGGCGUCAUAAUGUGGUUGUGUACGAUCGAUGAUCGUCGCGAUGCUAAACCCGCGCUGCCUUGUGUGAUAAACAUGACAUUGGGACCUCGCGAAUAUUUCAUUUUCAUUCCGAAAGUUUUGACAGAGAAGCGAGUUUUCAACUAUAGACGUUCGAAACGGUCGAUACUUGCGCGUUUCUUCGACCUCCGUGAAACGGACUUGACGUGAAAUACGAGGAAACUUGUCGAUUGCGAUGAUCCAUUGAAACUUGCUUUCUCUCUCUCUCUCUCUUUCUCUCUCUCUCGCUCGCUUUCUGUCUAAGUUGUCCUUUGAAACGAUAUAUUUCUCUUCAGUUCGACUUCUUCCGAGUAAUUGGAAUAAACGAAACGGAAUAAAAAAGUAAUGAUAUUUGUUUGAUACAUUGCAUCGUGAUUAUCACACGAGACAUACAGGUUGCAAAGUACAAUAGUACCUUGAGGUUUCACCUGACAGGCCGAGAGUGCUUUAAAGAGUCAUUUCAGCGCUGCAAAUGAAACAUCUAAAAAGAGAUAAUGAAAGGUAAAGAAAAAAGAGAAGAUGCAUUCUCGUUAAUUAAUAUCCAUUUAUUGUUACAAUAAUCUAUAUAUCUAGAACGAAAGAAGUAACUGGUUUGCGAAUUUAUCGAUCUUAAAAAUGUUCUAUUUGAUCGCUGAAAUACUCGAUCUUGCGCGCAAGCAAUCAAAAACACGAAUUAACUCGCAAGAAAAACUCGUUGUUAGGAUGCAAGCAUGCGUUUUAUUCACGCUUUGCCUGUUGUCUGUUUCAAUGUUUAGAUCGAUCGAUUUUUUCCACGCGUAUCAACGUGCGCUUUCGUUAAAUAAAAAAGAGAAGAUGUUGCGAUCGUGCGUGUUGUUAAUGAAGCGUUUAAUUUCGCGUGCUUUCAUCCUGCAUGCGUUGAUAACUUGCGAUCAGGACGCAGGAAACUCGAAUCACGGUGGACUACGGUGCGAUUCUAGUUGUCCGAGCGGCAAUGACGGGUGUACUACAUACGUCGUGAUACGAAUUCGACGAUAACGGUACAAUAUUAACGAUUAUUGUCCUAGCGCCAUAGAAUAGUAAGAUGAUAUUCCAAUAAUAAAUGGCGAGAUCGUAGAUAUCGCAAAUUUCACUCGAUACACGACUCGGUA